UCAACACUCUGGUGCCUUUGUUUACAUCGGCGUUUAGUUUUCAUUCGAAAAAUUGUGAUAUGACAAAUAAAGAUUUUUUGCAAGAAAAAAUUUUAAUUAAACAAAAAAAAUGUAUUAAUGAGCAAAAACAAAUAGUGCUAUUGUGUGAUAAGGUUUGAGUUGAAACAUGCAGAAUUACGUAAAAGUGUCCCUCAUACUUUGCGCUUAUGGAUUUCUUCGAGAAAUGCGGCCAAGCGAGCCUUUUGUAUCAGAGUUUUUGUUGGAUAAAAGGUGGCGUAAUAUAACCGACAUACAACUAAAUCGACAAGUGUAUCCAGUUGGGACUUUUUCUUCCUUAGCACAAUUGUUUAUCAUAUUUUUAAUAACUGACAUUUUGAGAUACAAACCAAUCAUCAUACUAUCAUCAUGUGUGGGGAUAGUUAUUUAUUCGAUGUUACUGUGGACCAAAGAUUUACUGAGUCUUCAAAUCGUGCAAGUCAUUUAUGGAACUUUUAUGGCAGCAGAAGUUGCAUAUUACACGUACAUGUACGCCAAAGUUGAUCGCGCUCACUAUCAAAAAGUGACGGGAUACGUACGAGCAGCAAUUUUGACUGGAAGAUUUUCUGCUAGUUUAUUAGGUCAAAUUCUGGUCUCGUUAGAACUGAUGAAUUUGCGAGAACUGAAUUAUGUGACCCUUGGAGCACAAGCUUUGUCACUGCCACUUGGUGCAUUAUUGCCUGGUGUGGGAGUUAGUUUAUAUUUUUAUUCUGCCUCCUUCAAGAUGCAAGCAGAACCGUCAAUUAACAAAGAAGGAGGAUCCGAUGAAAAAUUAGCAAAUGGAAGUGAAAGAGUAAAAUUUUCACUUUAUCGAGCAAAACAACUGAUUUGGACACAUUUUGUGCAAGGUUAUUCGAAUUUCACGAUAUUACAGUCAAGUAUUUGGUGGGCUUUGGUAAUGGCUGGUUUCUUGAUGAUUCAAUCUUAUGUUCAACUUUUAUGGAAAAUUAUUGACGAAAAGCAAAAAUUGUUUAACGGCGGAGUGGAAGCCAUACUGACUUUACUAGGCGCAUGUGGAGCUUUAAUUGCGGGUUUAAUUAACAUGAAAAUGUACGAAAAGUAUUGUAUGUGGAUUCUCUCUGUUUGUGCCUCAUUGGCAGGCACUCUCACAUUAGUAUCUGCAUAUACUACUAAUAUUUUUGUGGCCUAUGUUAUGUAUAUAUUAUUUGGCGUUUUGUACAACUUCAUGAUCACUCUAAUAAGUGCUCAUGUUGCAAAACAACUGGCAGAUGACAGCUUUGGUUUAAUAUUUGGCAUAAACACAUUUCUAGCAUUAGUUUUCCAAACUGUUUUAACCAUUUUAGUGACUUCCGAGAGUGGUUUUGCUCUAGAUGUGCGACAACAAUUCGUUACAUUUGGUGGUUAUUUCAUGGGAUUGUCUGUUAUUUACAUAAUUGUAGCUGUAGUUCAAUUUGUGCUGAAAAGAACACGCAAUCAAGUGUGAUUUUUAAAUAAUAAAUAAAUAAAUAAAGUUUUUUUUAAU